CUACACCUCACUCUAAUCGGGCACACGCCCCAAUCUCACCUCACAGCCCAAGCGGCGCGGGCUACAACCCUCCUCUUCCACACCCAACAUACAACACAACAAUGGACUUCUACACUUCCCCCCACAACCACACCAAGAACCCCGGAUCGGCCGUCUCCCCAACCGCAUCCGCAACCACAUCAACCCGCGAACCCAAGCUCCAACUCCCCUCGACCACCGACCCCCCGGGCCCCUCGAACCCCCCGAAGCCCCUCGUAUGGCUCAUCUUCGGCGCAACAGGCCACAUGGGCCGGUCACUCGUCAAAACGGCUCUAUCGCGAAAUGACCUCGUCAGCGCAGUAGGCCGCACCUUCGAAACCACCCCGGCAGCCAUGUCCAAGCUCGAAGAAGAACACCCCAACAAAUGCCUCGGACUACUUUGCGACGUGCGAGCGCGCCCCACCGUCCAACGCGUCAUCGACGCCACGAUCGCGCGCUUCGGGCGCAUAGACAUCAUCGCCAAUUGCUCCGGGUACGGUGUAAUCGGGGCAUGCGAGGACCAAGAUGAAUACGAUAUCCGGGACCAGUUCGAGACGAAUUUUACAGGCACGCUGAAUAUGAUUCAGUUGUCGUUGCCGCACUUUCGGGAGCGCGGGGCCGGGCGGUACUUGAUCUUCAGUUCUACGUCGGGGGCUCUGGGAGUGCCGGGAUUGGGGCCGUACUGUGCGAGCAAGUAUGCGGUUGAGGGCUUGAUGGAGAGUAUGCUCUAUGAGGUGGAUCAGUUCAAUAUUAAGACGACGCUCGUGGAACCGGGGCAUAUGAGACGCGAUGAUGUGGGGGAUUUGGUGGGAGGUGGAGAAGAGAGUAUCUUUGGCGGUGGUGAGUAUGGCGUGGACGAAGAGCAGGAUAAUGCCAAUAAGUUGGCGCUGGGGUCGCCGUUACCACUUUAUGGCCAUUUCUUGGUCAAGCCGCCGAGUGAGCCGUAUAAUACGCCUACGUCGCCGGCGGCGCAUGCGAAGCGCAUGCUUAUGUGGUUGGGGGAUAAGCAGCCGGCGAGUGCGGUUAAGGCAGCGCAUUUGGUGUGGCAGUUGGGGCAUUGUUCGUAUCCGCCGUUGAGGUUGAUCUUGGGGACAUAUGCGGUGGAGAGUAUUCGGGAUCGCUUGAAGUGUAUUAUCGAGGAGAUUGAGGAUUGGAAGUAUCUCAGUUUUCCGACGGGGGAGCAGCAGGGGCAGCAGCAAGGGCAGGGGAAGGAUAAGGGCCCUGCUUCUGUGUCGGGGGGCCGAGAGGGCGAUGAGAUGGAUGUGAAGUGA